AUGGAGAAAUUACAAGAAGAAUUAGCGCAAUUGAAGAAACAGUAUGAUCAAACAAACAAACAGAAAAUAGAAAAAAAAUUAGAGAAACAAAAAGUGGAUGAUAAACAAGAGGAAUUAGAAAAACAGCUAAAUAUAUUGGAAGAGAAAAAAAAGAAUUCAAGAAAAUUUGAAAGAACAACAGACACAUUUCAAAGAGGAAAUGUUGGAGCUAGCAAUUAAGAAUGACGAACUGAAAGACGAAUUGGUUGAACUUCAGCAGAAAUUAGAUGAAAGCGAAAACAAAUGUAGAAAGUACAAAGAUGUCUUAAUGAUUAACAGUCAAUUGCCUCCAAAGAAUAUAAAUUUUAAAGAGACUCUGCCCUCUGGGGUAAAUAAAAGUGACGAUGAGCCUAUGGACAUUACCUACACCUGUUGCACUGUUGGUCACCCCUUUAUCCUGGGGAAUGGACAGGCCCUGCUCACAUUUGAAGAUGCUCAAGUUGCUGAAUCUGUUAUUGCAAAGAAAAGACAUUCCCUGGAUAUCAAUGGCACACGAGCUACUGUGGACGCUGUGGAACCUGUGUUAAACAAAUCAGUAAAAUUUGAGGUGUGCAUGAAUAUCUCAAGCAAGAAAGUAAAAAUUUUCAAUCUGCCAAAGGAUAUUCCUGAAGAGAUCCUAAAGGAUAAAGUGGAGUUGACCUUCUAUAAAUCUGGGAUAGGCGGUGCAGAGAUUGAGGAGGUGGAAUAUGACAGGAAUGAUAACACUGCCUAUGUCACAUAUUUGCAGAACGGAGUGGCUCAGAGAGUUCUAAAGAGAGAUCGGCACCAGUUCGUGGCUGGAAAAGUCAAGUGUGAAGUUAAAGUGAUGCCAUGUACAGAUAUAGAACUGAACAAGCUGCAGAUGUUUACUGCCAAUUCUGCGAGGUCAGUGCUAUUAACUGGCAUUAAGAAUGUUGAUGAUCAAGAGGAAGAUGAUGUUCAAGAUGCCAUUCAGGUCCACUUCCAGAAAGAGAGCAAUGGUGGCGGUGAGGUGGAAAAGACAGUUUUUUCCAUGGAUGGGAAAAAAAACAGUCAUAUUUGAAGAUGAUUUAAUAUAA